GAAGUGACGCGUGGCCGGCCGCGCCGUCCCGUUCCCUGACUGGGAGGGUGCUGGCGGGUUCCGAGCGCCAUGGCCUCCGCCGGGUUGGCGGCCGGACGACCGGCCGAAGAUGCGAUACCCCCGCCGGCCGAGCCGCCGCUGGCCGAGCCGAAGCCGCCGCCGCCACCCGUCGCUGCGCCCCCGCAGCCGGCGCCGAGGCCCCCGUCCCCGGCGGGCGCGAAGGAGGACAGCUACUCGUUCCUGCCUUUGGUCCACAACAUCAUCAAAUGCAUGGACAAGGACAGCCCGGACAUCCACCAUGACCUCAACGCCCUCAAGACCAAGUUCCAGGAGACGCGCAAGGUCAUCAGCACCAUGCCCGGCGUCCACCUGAGCCCUGAGCAGCAGCAGCAGCAGCUGCACAGCCUCCGGGAGCAGGUCAGGACCAAGAACGAACUUCUGCGGAAGUACAAGAGCCUCUGCAUGUUUGAGAUCCCCAAGGAGUAGUGAGGCGCCGCGCUCAGGAUGCCCGAGAAAGCACGGGGAGCGAGUGGCCGCAUUGGUUCCUUAUGAAGUGUGGCUCUUUGGACCCCAGCUCUGAGCGUGACAGCCCAGUGGCGGGAAGGCUACCGUGCUGCUUCCUCAGCUGAACUUGACGUCGACUGUGGGAGGGGUGGCCUGGAGCUGGAGUGGCUGGGGCUUCCUUCCAUGUGCCUGCGUGUCUGGAUGCGUAAGAGCUGGAGUGCCUGCCGGUGGGAAGAAGAGGGUCCUGCCCUGCCUCUGGGGAGGGGCCAUCUCCGCUUUGCUUCCUGCCCCCCCCCCCCCCCCCAGACACGAUCAGUGUGUGCCAGGGCCACAGCAUUCUGUUAACAACAGUGCUGUGUAGCCUUUGCACAAAGUUCACUGGACAGAUGAGGCCUGGGCUCGUGUGGCGUGGGCUUAACAUGGUGAAGGAAGGCUGGGAGAAAGCAGUUUUAAAAGACGUUUCCUCCUGAAA